AUGUCAUUAGUGAUUGCGAUUACUGUUCGGGUGAGGAGUGAAUAAAGCCAUCAAGAGAGUGUUGCGCCUAGUAAGAGUUGAUAUAAAGAAUUUUUCCUUAAGCUAAACUACCGUUUUGUAAUCUGGUAAUAUUUUUGUUCUUCUGCUUUAUUUAUCUUUACUGAAAAAAUAUUUGGGCAAUGAAAAAAAUAUAUACGGUAAUUUCCUUGCUCCGAACAAAACUGUGUAAAUUUCGAUCCCGAUCCCGUGAAAGACUGGGUUCUACAUAAUUUUUUUUUUUUUACCAGUCGAUAUAAGCUCGGUAAUCUUCGUUGGCUCGAUCCUUGAACGGAAAAGUUCGUAAGACGUUUUCGGCGCACAGCAAUGGCGACAAAUAAAGAAUAAAAGAUGGCGGAGAUAAACGGAGAAACCUCGGUAGGUAAAUCGAACUUUCACGUUGUAAAAACAUAAUGGAUGACCUGUAGUUCCUCGCUUAUGAUUCUUGAAUAUUUUUCCUUAUAGAUGGAGGCGGUAGAGGGCUGCAGAAUGCCUGUAAAAAUGAGUGGAUCUGACGAAUGGCGUAAGUGAGACAGUUCAUGAAAGUGAAAGCGGACGUUCACAUUUUCGCUGAAACGUUGUUCUUAGUUUGAAAAAUGUUCUUUUUCCUUCAGCUUUAGCUGAGAUACUGAGUAAAAAGGAGCUUGCCGAUGGUUCGACCCAUUAUUAUGUGCAUUACAUUGACUGUGAGUACUGUGUUUUCUGACUUUUCUCUAUUUAUGCUCAAGCUAAAUACUCGCUUGCUUUCGUGGAUAUUUUCGUCUUCAUCAAGUAUCUUAACUACCAAGUUUUAUUUUAAACUCAUUAGAAAAAUAUUUUGGCCAAACUUUAUUUCGCGUCUAUUAUUUUUUAGGUAUUUCACCUGUACAGAACAUUUUAUUCCAACUCUAUAUUUUUUUUUCUAAAAAUUUAGUUCAGGCGGAUUUUCAAGAUGGUGGACGCAUAGAUUUCAGUCCCAUAAUGCAUCGCUUUCUAAAUUCCGCCCCAAAAAGGUCGCCUUUUGAGCAUUGCUGUUAGCAAAGGGAACAUAAUGUUUCUGUUUGGCAAAGAUUUAGGAAAGAAAGGGAAAUCUUCUGAGAUUAUACAGUGUCUGGAAGGGUAUUCUUGGUAUCCAGGAUUUAACCAAAAUACGGCAUGGGAUUUGGGAAUACACAUAAUUUCUUUGAUGGGAUACAGAAUUUAAUUGCUACCCAGAAAGUGGGAUCUGCCGAAAUUUUGGUUGAGGAUGCAGGAUUGUUGGGAAAAAAGUAGCAGGAAUGCAGACCCUGAUUAUAUGCACAAGAUAUUAGCCCUUUAAGUCCCAAUAUCCACAUACAAAUUCUCCAAACUGAUCUCUAUAUAUUUCCUUAAAGAAUGAGUUGAGAGAAUUUGAUAAAAGAUCAAAGCAUUUUCUCUUAGGUGAUCAUUUUAUUAAUUCUCAUAACUUAAUCUCUUGACAAUGCAUGGAUAUUGUUAGGAGAAAAUUAAUGUUGGCCACUAUUGGGACUUAAAGGGUUAACAGGGUUGUCAACCCCCAUAUCUUCAAAUAUUGAGAAUUGAUAGGGAAGGGAUGAUAUAUGAUGUCAUAAUGUACAGCACAUGACGUCAUUUGUGCAAAAAACACUUGUUGACUCCAAUCAUCACAAAUUGCCAUGACACAAAACGCGCAAUAAAUAUGUUGGCAUAUUUGUAUCGUUUGACCUGAUUGGUAUCACAUUAUUAUAUUACAGUAGCAUACUGGAGUUUAUGGGGAAACGUUCGAUGUUAACAUUAAAAUUGCUCAAUAGGUUAAAAUAGCUCUGUGCCAUUUUUGGUAUGUAUAACAUACCAGCAAGAUGCACUUUGCUCAGAACACAGGCAGCCCAAGCUUGGUACAUAAAUUACUGCGAGUUUCGAUACUGUUUUGCAUAUUAUGAACAAUUUAAAGACUUUGUACAAAAAAUUCAAUAUAGUUGUUAAAAUGUAGAAAUACAGGCACAAAUAUAGAAAUUAUGUAAACUUGGGCCUGUUGUAAGUUGCCUUUUCUGUGUAACUUGGGCUCAAUUAUUCAUCGCCAUUUUUUACGGUUUUGCGGCUCGUUGUUUGUUCAGUGUUGUUUUCCUACAUAAAGCGAAGCGAGGCAGGUGACUGUGGCCAGUCUCAACUCACAAAUCUCUCCCACAUCAAAGAACCGCACACCGAUUCACCAUGAAAGUGCCAAAUCCUUAAGGCCAGGUCAGUCUCUUAUCUCUUCCCCUGGUCAUGGGUGUUACAAUAAUAUGCUUUUUUGUGGGAAAAUUUUUUGAAAGUUUUUGGUACUGGGCCAUCUGACUUGCCCUCCGGAACCUUGAUGACUGUGUAACACAGAGAAUGCAAACAUGGUCUCGGGAUCCGGGUAAUCAAUAUUGCAUGACAAAACAGGGAUCUUCCUACCCUCAGAUAGUCUACUGAUUGCCCGUGAGCAGUGUUUGGAAUUAUCCAAUUGGAUGAGCGUACAUAAAAUGUUCGCAUUCAUCAUGCAACACGUAGUCAUCGAGGUGCCUGAGUGCACGUCAGAUUGCCCAGAGCCAAAUAAAAUGGCGAUGAAUUGAGCCCAGGUUACACAGAAAAAAUAACAACAGGCCCAAGUUUACGUAAGUACAAUAAAUAAUUUAUUUCUAUAUUUAUGCCUAUAUUUCUGACGUUUUAACAACUAUAUUGAAUUUCUCAUACAAAGUCUUUAAAUCGUUCAUAAUAUGCAAAACGGCAUCGAAACUUGCCGUAAUUUAUGCACCAGGCUUUGGUCGCCUGUGCCCAGAAUAAUUAACAAUUAAUGAAUGACGCUGAGUAUCUUAUGAAGAAUUAUGGAGAUCGAGGAGGGUGUUAUCCAUUGAUGCCGCAGGCCGAGGCGGAUAACACCCGCCGAGAUCUCCAUAAUUCUUCAUAUGAUACGAAAGCCGAAUUCAAUAAUUGUUUUAUUAUUCAUUCAAAAUAAUUCCUAGUUUAAAAACGUAGCUAAAACAUGCUUACCUCCUUACGAUCCAUCAAUGUUAAGUUCAUCUUCGAUAGUGCAUGUUUAGGGUUGUUCAGCUCUGCAAAUAUUCUCCAAAUAGUAGAUGUCGCCCUUCCAGUUGUCUUCUUGCUGAUCUUUCCAUGUUUUUAGCUAUUAUUUCGCCUAGUUCUUACUCUGGAAACGAGUGAAGUGUCUGCCAUUUUUGUUUCCACAACCAAAAGAACUCAACCUCAUCCCCAGGUCUUCUCGGUUAACAGUGCAUUAACCUGCAAAAACGCUGCAUUUUUGACGUCAUUUCCUCGCUAAACACAAAAUUCUUCCAAAUUUGGUCAUCAGCAACUGGUUAUGGUGAAUUAUGCGUGUGCUUUUAGCCAAUCAGAAUCAGGGAAAUAUUUUGAAUGAAUAAUAAUAGAUGUUUAAAAUUAUAUGUACGUCUAUAGUUAACAAGCGUCUUGAUGAGUGGGUCGAGGAAAGCAGACUAGACCUGUCAAGGCUUCAGUUGCCAAAAAAAGAAGACACCAAAAAGAUCAACAAGGGUAAAGGUGCUGGUUCAAGGCCAUGCUCACCUGACAGGGAGCUUGUAAAUGGUGUGGGAUCUGGACGACCUAAAGCCAUUGUUGGCAGAAAGAGAAAAGCAAAUGCUAUGGACAAGGCCCCUGAUGAGGUACAUGGAUUAAUCUUUACACUAUUAUGAGAAAUAUCAAUUUUGCAAAGAAAUCUUUCUGUAGGUAUGUCAAAACAUCUUUAAUUCUCCGAGACAAUUAGACAUAGAAGCUGAGUGUGUAGGGUAAUAAUGAAAACAAUGACAGCACCAACCAUAGGUCAAAGAAACACAUGACAAAUCAGACAUGUACACUUGUAUUCAUCCCAACCCCCUACCCAUCUUAUCAAAGGGGAAGCAGGCCCACUGCCAGAUUUUUACAGGGUGAAGAUGGUGGAUCCAACAAGGAGAUGGACCAAAUAAGGCCAUAGGUGCAAGUCUUUUAGAGGAAGAGUUAGGUUGUCUGAGCCUGGAUUUUGAAGGCGUUAUUAAGAUAUGAAAAGUGAACCUAAAAUGUGGAUAUUUCUCAAAUUUUUGAAAAAGAUUUCUUAUGUAUGUGUGUAGCAGUUGUAGAGCAUAACAAGUCAAAGUCGCUAUUUUUAAAGGAAAAAAUGAAGUUUUGAAUGCGUACUAUUCACCAGUUUUACUGCUGAUCAUUAUAACUGUUAGUUAGUGUGCCAAGCCCAAGCCCCCUUGUCAGGUACAUGGUAUACAGGUUUUUUGUUAACUUUACAACACAAUCAGAGCAAUACCAUUUCUUAUGAAUUUUUAUUAAUUUUGUUUUAAAUUGUUGGUUUCCACUAAGAAGUGGACCUCUGGAGCCUGUGGUGGGGAGAGUGCAAGCACCAUCAUUGCUCCCCCCAGCCCUUAGCUCUGGGUCUGGGAUAGUGGGCAUAAAGCAGCCUAUGUGUAAACCAAAUAAUUGAUGAAGUGGUAUAGUAUCACCAGGAGAGUGGUACAGUUACUGGAGCUACUGAAAACAACAUAUAACCACUCCUUGAUAAUUACCUGAGAGACUACUGGUCAUCAUAAGGCUUGGGUUUAAGUAAGGCCUAAGUUAUGUUCAACUACAAUCUUGCAAAAUGAAAUUUAGUUUUUCCAUAGAAUAAAUUUUUAUGGUCGACUCCUGGGGGUGCCAGAUAGGACCGUCAAUCUCUUGUCAAUUAAAAGAGUUUUUGAAGAGUGACUUUGGUUGCCGUAAAUUGAGAACUGAAAGCUCUCAGUUAAUGCUAAAAUUAAGUUUUGUUUUACAUUAUUGCUCAUUAGAUUGAUUCCCAAGACAGCCCCAAAGAGCUACCCAGUACUCCUCCUAAAACAGGAAGCAUGCGGCAGACAGGCAGUAUGGUUCAUGACCGCAGUCAUGACGACAUUGUAACACGAAUAAAAAAUAUCAAGAUGGUCCAGCUUGGAAAAUACAGAAUUAAACCAUGGUAUUUCUCACCGUAUCCCCAAGAGCUUACUCUGGAACCUGUUGUUUACCUGUGUGAAUUCUGCCUUAAAUACGUCAAGAGUUUCCAUUGCCUCAAGCGGCACAAGGUAGUAUACCUUUAAAUUAUCUUAAUAAUAUUAUUAUAAACUAAGGGUGAGUUCUUUUGGGAUGAUCUGGAUCAGGAUCAGUGAUCCUCAAAUGAACCAGCAAAUCCUUUAACAGUGUCGAUUAGUUGGUUUUUUGAUGCAACAUGAUCCAAGCGAUCUCAGGUUACUGAUCCUGAUCUGGAUUAUCCCAAUGCAAUGCACUUUAAAUAUCUCAGUAAGAGCAUAUGUGCUGUUUUUGGUCAACUUUGAGACCUGCAUUUUACUUUAAGGCCCACCAUGUCAAAAUGUGAAAGUUUUUUUUAAUUUUCUAUGCACCCAAUAAUGAUAAGCAGGAGAGGUGUGUUGGUCUUAUAGAGGCAUCAGUUAAGAAAGAUCUAGAGGUAUUGUAUUUUGGAUUGGUUUAUUCUUACAGGAAAAGUGCAAGUUACGCCAUCCUCCAGGAAAUGAAAUAUACAGAAAGGGAACAAUAUCAUUCUUUGAAAUUGAUGGUAGAAAAAACAAGGUGAGAGAGAAUUCCAUAUUUUCUGAGUCUCUGCUAUUAAUUUUCAACUGAUUUUCAUAGUAUUAAGGUUAUAUUCAAGUCUAACAGAGAAAAUAUAUAGUAUAUUAUUUUGUGAAUAUAAUAAAAUGGCAAACCAUCACAAUGUGUUACUAAGGAUGCAAAUUCUUUGAAUCUAAAACAAAAGCAAUAACAUUAGUUAUCAGGGUAUUAGGCAUUGAUUUAAUUAGCAGGGAUCCAGAUCUGGCCACAGGAUAACCAAGAUAGUAAUCUAGCGUGAACCCCACUGCAGAGAACAUGGCCAAUGCUGUAGGGAUUGCAUCAAAAAUUAAACUGCGUGGUCUGAUUUUUCAAAGAUGUAUGUACAGUUUUAAAAAGUGAUUUCAAUUAAAUUUUAUUUUUUGUGUUCCAGGCGUAUGCCCAGAACCUGUGUCUUCUGGCCAAAAUGUUCCUGGAUCACAAGACACUGUACUAUGACACUGAUCCCUUUCUGUUUUAUGUCAUGACUGAAUAUGAUUCAAUUGGAUUUCACAUUGUAGGAUACUUCUCAAAGGUAAGACAGUCUCAAGAUAUAAAAAAGGCCCAACACCACCAACAACAGACUUGCCAAACCGCGAAGUCAAAAAAUGUGAGACUCUGAACCUAGAGCUGGGAAAAGUAGUGAUAAACAUUACAUCAAUUACAUCGAGCUUUGUAAUUUUUUUGUAAUUUCUGUGUUUUGUUGGCGACCAUCUUGAGAGAAACAGCUUCACAUUUGGUGGCAGCGGCAAGUAGCAGUAGGCUAGAAGAUUUGCAAUCAAACGCGAUCACUAAGCGUUUUGUUUGGAUUGAGCUGGCUAUCUAUUGAUAUCUAACUUGGGAACAAACCCUACAAAUCCAAAAUGUUUUGGAGUUUGAUUAUUUGACAAAGCAUGAGAAAUCAGUUGCCAACUCGUGAGACCAUGAGAUGGGUCGUUAAGUCGUGAGACUCAUGACAAAGUCAUGAGACUUGGCAAGUCUGACCUACAACUCACAGUGUUUAAUGUUAAAUGGAGUCCCCCCUUUAUCCCUUAUGAAAAGGUAGAAGUUUUAUUGUUGUACAUGAACCACAGGUCAAAAUUAAAUUCAGUUUAAAAUUGUUUAACGUAGGUUGAUUCUCAAUUUGUUUGUCUCCUAGCUUUAAUUUCAUGAAUAAUAUUAUUAACCUAGGUUAAAAGUUUUUUACCUGAUGUUAAUUUUGACCUGUAGCAUAUAAUUAUAUUAGUGCAUUGCCCUAGGCCAGGUAGUUAAGAUAACACGAGGUUAGCACAAAAUUUGUCAUUCCUUUUGCUUUAGCAAAUCCCUGUAAAUUGUUUUGCCUACAAUGCUAGCUAGCAUCAAGGCUCUGCUCUAAGAAAAAUUGAAGGGAGCCCUUGUGCUCUGAACCUGUGAAAUCCAGGGUGCCCAGCAUAAUGAUUUCUAUGAAAAAAAACUAAGAUUUUCAAUAUUAAACAGGAAUCUUUGUUAAAAAUUAAGCCUCAGGGUUAUGAUAAUCAGCCUUUGAACAACCUGGCCCUGGAGGUCAUAGAGCAUGAGGGAUUGAAUUAGGUGAGGUUGUGUGCUGAGGACAGCAUUAAUGCAAGUUUUUUCACUUAAGCAAUGUUACUUCUCCCUUUGCAGGAAAAAGAAUCGUCUGAAGAUUACAAUGUGGCAUGCAUUCUAACUUUACCUCAGUACCAAAGGAAGGGUUAUGGCAAACUGCUCAUAGAAUUUAGUGAGUUUUACAGAUGUGUUGUACUGUAGCCAUAUUUACUUUUGAUGUCAUAAACUUUAGUGAUGAAGCAAAAGCAUUAUGCAAGUAUUUAGGAGGUCCUGCCAGAGUAAAUUCCGACAAGCCACGUGGCCCAAAAAGUAGCGACAGUGCGUAAAAUGAAAUCGUGACAAGAGACAACCUCCCUCGGCCAAAUUGUGACAGUGACAGCAAAGCCGACAAUAAGCAACAAGCAUUUAUAAACACCUACACCAGACGUUUUAAAAUUCAGACAGGCGACAUGGGACCCCCCCUCCCCUGGCAGGACCUCAUUUAGAGGACUUAAUGAUAACAGGACUUAACACCUUUAUGUGAAGAUUAAAAUGGAAUCCGUAAGGAAAUUGAGUAAUUUUAACUUUCAGUGGACAAAAAACUGAGUUGUACCAGAAUAUUUUAAGCCAUAUCACACUUGCAAUUACACUUUUCAAGGGCUAUAAAAUAAUAUAUUUAUUAUUUAUCUGUAAUAACACUAAAGACAAUUUUUUAAGGGAGCCAGAGAAAAUAAAUAUCAAAUUUCACAGGAAUUGAGAAAAUGCAGGUAAAAUCGCCAUGCGCAAGAUCUCAUUUUGUGAAAUUUGAGGCUUUUGUGGUUUAAUUUCUCUGGCGCCAAUAAGAACCUUCUCUUACACAUUUCAUGGGUGAGAUGCCGUUUUGUGAAAUUUGACAUUUUUAUUUGCUUGGGCUCUCCUAAGAAUUACAGGUAACUAAUAUACAUUUAUAGCUCUUGAAAAAUGUUAAAAAAGAAUGCAAUAUUGUUUAAAUUAUUCUGGUACAAGGUUUUUGUCUACUGGAAAUUAAAAUUACUCAAUAUCCUGAUGGAUUCUGUCUAAAACAUUUCCACUUGUGCAAGGACAAUUUUGUAGUUUGUAAAGAUUUGUUUACAGUAAUUGAAUGAUUAAUGUCAUUACUGUUUUAUUCCCAGGUUAUGAGCUUUCCAAGUUUGAAGGGAAGACAGGAACACCAGAGAAGCCCCUGUCAGAUUUAGGAUUACUAUCUUAUCGCAGUUAUUGGUCUCAGACCAUCCUGGAAAUUCUUGUUUCUCUCAAGGGUGGAGAGGAUGGAAGCCCUCCUGCUAUAACCAUCAAGUAAGAAUCAUGGAGUUUAUACAGUUUUUUAUUCAUCAUAAUUAUAAGAAGUGUCGCCUAAUGAAAGCCCACCUUGUUAUUACUCCUUUAUAACAUAUAUUUCUUAAAUAGGUUAGUGAGGCUGUGUUUCCAUACAUCAGUAUUGGUAGCCUUGUUCUUGGGUUCUUAGCUUUGUGAUGUGCAGUUUGGAUAUCAAUAAAAAUUAGGAGUAUUAUUUUAAAAAUUUAACCCUUUGCCUACUAUUUUGGCCAUUUUUGUUACAUAUUGAACAAUGCGUAUUUUCCUUUCUAAACCCAUUUAGCUUUCAGUGUAAGCAUUUAAAUUAGUAAACCGUGAAUUCAGUAAGGAUAGAUUUUUGCACAGGUAACUCAUUCUGGAAAUUCUGACCAAUCCUGUCAGAGUCAUACAGUAAAAACCCUCCUAUCGUUUAUAUUUUUGGAAAAUUCACUGCCUAUUUUAAGUACUACUCAUUCCUAAUAAUUUUUUUUCCUUUUUCUGACAAGAUAGCCAGCCACAAUUCGAUGGGAAAGAAAGAGGGCAAUAAUGAGGGCAAUGCAACUGGGUAUAUUAAUGAGAAAGGCAAAAGAAAAACAAGAGCAAAAAAGAAAGAUCAAACUAUAUUUCAGUUAGGUCCAAAUGUUGGCUUAUAUAUGGACAUGUGCAAAAAAACAGAAAUUAAAGUAUCUCAAUUGCAUCCAAUUAGCAGGAAAAUAUGCCCUCAGUGUUGCCAUUUCAUAUUCGGGGAUUUUCAUGCCAACGGGCCAAAGACCGGUUCAGAGGGGAGGAUUUGUUUAUUUUGGUGUUGACCUCAGUGAAUGAAUGUGAAAACUGUGAUAAUCACCAUGUCACAAGCAUGCCGAUGGGAAAGAGAAAAAAUCCUAGAGUCCCUGACAGGAUUUGAACCUAUGACCCUCCGAACAACAUCAGGCAGGUCAUGGUCAAUGAGUCUCUUUAAAUCGCAGUGGAUAAUGCACCUUUCUGGUGUUUUCGGUGGUCAUAGGUUCAAAUCCUAGGACUAAAGGUAUUUUUCUUUUUCCAGAGUUGUGACAUGUUGUUUUAAACCUCCUGAUUAUAACAUCUUUCACAGGAGUGUUAUUGUAGGUUGUCCUUUCAUUAGUUAUUAAACUUGAGACUGUGUGAUGGAAUUUACCUUAAUUAAACUUAAGGGAAUUGACUUGGGUUGAUAUUUUGUUUGACAGUGAUAUUUGUGAGACCACAAGUAUAAGAAAAGAAGAUGUCGUUUCAACUCUGCAGCAUCUUGGAAUCAUCCAUUACUACAAAGGACAGUACAUAUUAAAUCUUUCAAAGGAAAUUUUAGAUGGGCAGCUAAGAUCCAUGUCAAAGAGAAAGAUUCGCAUUGAUUCAACAUGCCUUCACUGGACUCCUAAAGACUGGGCAAAAAGGGGAAAGUGGUAAUGUAUGGAGGGGGAAUGUAAGUCUUCACUCUUCACUGGCUUUUGAAAAUAGAUGGGCGUUAGGGUGUCGCUGGACACCUGAAGAUUGGGCUAAAAAGGGAAGGUGGUAAUAAAUACAGGGGAAAGCUCAGUCUUCACUCCUCACUGACUUGUGAAAAUAGAUGGGCAUCAUGCAGUUGGUGUUGCAUGUAAACCCCAAAUGAAUAUUCAUACCAAAGCUUAAACAUGUUCAGAAGCUGUUUGGUUAAACACUGCUGCCUACUGCACUUUUUUCCAUUGCAAAUUUAGUGCAAUUAUGUUAGGUAUUAAAGUUCUAUUGAAUUCUGUCUAAAAGCCUGUGUUCUAGUUUCUGGUACUAUUUUCAAUUUUUUAAAACCCAACCGUAGUUUAAUUAGACAUGUUUAGUUGGUGUGAAUGAGGCAUAAGGCGGCUUUGAAGAGUAGUUGGUAAGAGGCCAGACAUAAUAAUAAUUAUUAUUUAAUUAAUAAUAAUUCACAUAACAGAAGUCAGGACGACAGAAGUCUGUCCUGUUUUUCUCCACAGGGGUGGGCGGGAAGAAGCAAUGUUUUCUCAAGAUAGGUGGGAUAGACAAAAUGGAUAGACUUUUUCAGCUGUUUUUCUUUCAACAAUAGUUACCCUCAAACCACCUUUACUAAUUAACCCUUCCUUUUGAGGCUUGUUUUUAUAGCAUAAAUAAUUAAAAAGACUCCCUUACAGAGUGCUAGUUCCAGUCAUUAAUAACAAAGACACAUGUACAUAAUUAAUGCACUUUUCUCCUUCACCUGUAUCUAAUUCAAGAUACAACCUUUACAUUUAUAAGCAAAGUGUAAAUAAUUUUGACCUGCUUGAAUGUAAAAUACUUUUGCUGUUUAACACCUUCAGUAAAGGUUAAUUAAAUGAUGUCAAUUUUGGCAUCAAGAAAAGAUUUUGUCAUUAAAAACACAACAUUGUAAAGAUUGCUAAGUUUUUGUGUUGCCUCAAAAAAGAGUUGAGGAAGGGAUACAAAGUGAAUUAUUUAUAUUUUUACAUGU